AUGAAGCAAAAUAGAGUUCAAAAAAGACAAGAGAAGCUUAAGCAACUUUCUGAAAUUAGACAGAUUGAGAUUGAUAAAUGUGCAGAUGAUAUGGCCUUCCUUGAAAGACUUAUGAAGGUCGCCAAAAUGAAAAAUAGGAACGACAAAAUAGAAUGCUUAAAAGACUCGGACAACUUCUUCAUUGAAGAUAUGCGCCAGAUUAAAGAGAUGAGGACUGAGAAAGCCAGUUUUAAAAAGGAAAAGCAGAUUCUCAGAAAUGAGAAAAAGGUUUUAAAGCAAAAUAUUAAGAUAACAAGUCAUAAUCUGAAAGAAAUGAAAGAAAUCAAUGAUAUAGCAGAAAGAGCAAUAAAGUUGAAGCAUCAGAUGAAGGACUUCAGAACUGUAAGGUUUAAUUCUUUGUCUUAA